AUGGCAUCUAAAAUUUUUUUUUCGAUCAAUAAAAGUCAAGAAAGAUCCGUGGGAGAUGGCACCGAAACUUUGCUUUUGGAUACAAUCAAUAAGAUUCUUGGUAAACUAUUUUUGAAACAGUAUAUCCAUUUUUACUUGAAGAUAUGAUUUGCACUUUGGCGUCGAUGGGUAAGGAAAAGAAGAAAUGAGGCAUGAUUUCGAGAAAGCACGUACUGCUGUCUUGAUACAGUCGCUCCUGUGAGUUAUUCUCUUAUUCAAGGUUGGACUUUUUUUCAGUAUUUCUCUUUUUUUAACCGAUUUUUAUCAUUUAGAAAAGUUCUUGACGCAGCAAAUGAAGGAUAUGCCGAAAACUAUCGAGUCAAAAGCUUACAGUAACAUUUUUUUAAGGGAACUUAGUGUCAAUCUGAUUGUUUAACUUAAUUUUUCUUUUUUUCAAAACUUCUUUCAUUUUUCAUUUCGAGCCUCCCUCCUUUAUUUUUUCUAAUUUGAACUUUUUAAAAGAUCAUCUACGAGCUUACAAUCGGUUUACUUUUUCUGUUUUUUUAUUGAACCUACUCUUUUUGUUAGUCACAUUUUUUUCCUAUCAAAAAAAUAAACGAUACACAUGUUUUUUUCGUCAUAUUGUCCUUUUCUAUUCUUACUUCUCACUCUUUUCGCCUCAAUUCAAUUUUUUUUUUCUUCUUCAGAUUUGUACAUACUUUCCGUUUACUUCGAAUUCGAAAAUGUAUCAUCAAUUAUUUGGAAAAUUUCUUUAAUGCUCUCAAGUUUUCAUUUUAAUAUAUAUUGUUUAAAUUAAAUAAAAAGUAAAGAAGGUUGAUAAAGACCGAUAUGUUAUCAUGUACAACACAAUAAAAGUAUGAAGCAUAGAAAGCAAAUCAAGAAAAAAAAGCCCAAUCGAGCUAAAAAUUUUUUUUGAAAGAGCGACAUAGCAGCGAGAUGUGAGCGACCUUGCGCCGAGAGGCGAGCGAUAUAGCUCGCGGCUCCCCCGCGAUAUAGCGUUUCUCUCGCUGCGACCUCGUCCGUAAAACUGGGUGUAAUAACUUUCUAAAAAAAAACCUUAACAACUCCAAUACGGCACCGCCCAAAGGCGCACGCAACUUUUUUACAAAAACGUUUUAAAGAGUCUCUUUUUUUAUUGAUCUCGUGGGGUUAAUGAAAGCGUUUGCUUUCUUUAACGUGCACUUCGUUUCUCUGUUGAACACUCUUUUUUUAUCUUCAUACAUAUUUUUAGAUUUUUUUAGAAAAUCUCAAUAAUGAAUAGAUUACUAAUUGAAAAUUUUUUUCAAAUUCUUUCAAUUUUUGUGGCUGUAUUUAGUUCGCUCCAUUUUCUUUCGCAGUUAAACUUUUUCGCCUCCACCUUGCCUCGAGUCAUACUUCUCUGCUAUGUAACUAUUUUAUAUUUGCAGACAUUAGAAGAAAUAUUGUUAUCCAUCGGAUGUUUACUCCACAACAAUCUUCUAAUUCUCGUAAUGGCGCUGAUGUAGUUCUGACGAGUGAAAGACAAGUUAUUUUCUUGAAUUCAUGUCGAAAAGUUGGUUUUGUUUAGUUUUUUUGUUUACAAUUGUUUGCUUACAGAUUUUCAUUCAACGCGACUAUUCUAGAGGGCUCAAUGUAAGUUUUGAAACGGAAUACCCAACAAAGCUCACGGGAAUGGUAAAUCAUAUAUUUCCUCUGCUUGUUUCUAAUUGAGUUGACAGAUUUCUCGGGAUGUUUGGGAGAACACUAUAAUGCGAAUUAACAAAAUCUUCGAAGAUGCCGAAUCGGUAACAAAUUCUUCAUUAAAAUAAGUAAUUAUUUAUUUCAGGUUUCGUGCACUACCGUUUUUGAAACGUUGCUUGGUUGCAUUACUUGUUAUUGCUCUAGACUAGUGACGAAGUCCUUAUAUGAAAAGAAACUUUAUGAGUUACAGGUGAAGAAAACUUUUACCAUUUCAAGAAAAAAUUGGUUUCAGGAGUUUUUGGAUCGCGAAAACGAAGACACCUAUCAUUAUGCGGGCGUUCAUAUUUUGAAUCCUAUGGAAAGAGGAUUACGGGUGGUAUGUUUCAUUUUUUCGAGAUUUUUAUGACUUUGACGGUUAGGUUUAUAUCUCUUUUCUUAUAAGUAAUGUCAAAGAAAGAGAGUUUUCCAUUGCUGAAAAAUUGUAUUCAGGUGAAUAAGAGAAAAAAAACAUCAAAUUAUCAGGUUUUUCUAUUAUAUUUUAUCUCCUCCUCUGUAUACACACAGUAUUAUUUAAAAAUCUUUAAAAUAAUGUUCUACAAGUUUCGAAAUUUAUCAGUUUUUUUUUUUGAACUCUCACUGCUAUGAUAAUUGUGCAAAAGAUCUGAAAUGGGAGAAUAGCAGGCAUAACUAUGACUUUCGAAUAGAUAUUGAAGUGGCAAAACGUCAAAAUGAGAGUUAGAAAAUGACCGGCUUUUCACAACCUCAAAUCUUGAAAACGUGUCAUCGCAACAUCAUUCGAGCUUAUUUGACUGAAUUGGGCAUCUUAAGUAGACUACUGAGAACACUAAUUUACCCAGGAGUUAGUCUUAAUUUUUCGGUUUCCAGAUUGAAAUAUCCUUACUGAACACCUCCGAAGAACCGCUGCUCUCACGGCCGGAUGGAGGCGUUUCGCCACGACAGGGACUCACGACGCCGCUCGCUCCCACCACCCGAACCAUGUGA